CAACUGCGUUUCUCCCACUCUGUCGGCUUCCUCUUCCCCACCAUGAGUCGGCAACUGAACUUCAGGUCUGGUGGUGACAAGGGCAACUUCAGCGUGCAUUCUGCAGUGGUGCCAAGGAAGACAGUGGGCAACUUGGCCUCUUACCGCACUGUUGGCCAAGGGGCUGGGGCUGGCUUUGGCAGCCGGAGCCUCUACAGUCUCGGAGGGAAUCGGCAUAUUUCUUUCAACGUGGCUGGCAGUGGCGUUCGGGCUGGAGGGUACAGCUUUGGGCAUGGCUCUGGGUAUGGAGGGGGCCGGGCCAGCGGCUUUGCUGGAAGUAUGUUUGGCAGUGUGGCCUUGGGGCCCUCGUGUGCCUCUGUGUGCCUGCCUGGGGGCAUCCACCAGGUCACUGUCAACAAGAACCUCCUGGCCCCCCUCAACGUGGAGCUGGACCCUGAAAUUCAGAAAGUGCGUGCCCAGGAGCGGGAACAGAUCAAGGCUCUGAACGACAAGUUUGCUUCCUUCAUUGACAAGGUGCGGUUCCUGGAGCAGCAGAACCAGGUGCUGGAGACCAAGUGGGAGCUGCUGCAGCAGCUGGACCUGAACAACUGUAGGAAGAACCUGGAGCCCAUUUAUGAGGGCCACAUCAGCAGCCUGCGGAAGCAGCUGGAGACCCUGUCUGGGGACAGGGUGAGGCUGGAUUCGGAGCUGCGGAACAUGCGGGAUGUGGUGGAGGACUACAAGAAGAGGUAUGAGGUGGAGAUUAACCGGCGUACUGCAGCAGAGAAUGAGUUUGUGGUGCUCAAGAAGGAUGCAGACGCAGCCUACACGGUCAAAGUGGAGCUUCAGGCCAAAGUGGACUCUCUGGACAAAGACAUCAAGUUCCUGAAGUGUCUGUAUGACRCGGAAAUCGCCCAGAUCCAGACUCAUGCUAGUGAGACCUCUGUCAUCCUGUCCAUGGACAACAACCGGGACCUGGACCUGGACAGCAUCAUUGCCGAGGUCCGCGCCCACUAUGAGGACAUCGCCCUGAAGAGCAAGGCKGAGGCCGAGGCCCUGUACCAAACCAAGAUCCAGGAGCUGCAGCUGGCAGCUGGCAGGCAUGGAGAUGACCUCAAACACACCAGGAACGAGAUGUCAGAGCUAAACCGACUCAUCCAGAGGAUCCGCUGUGACAUUACCAACGUGAAGAAGCAGUGCUCUAACCUGGAGACAUCCAUUGCGGAUGCUGARCAGCGAGGGGACAAUGCCCUUAAGGACGCCCGGGCCAAGCUGGAUGAGUUGGAGGGAGCCCUGCACCAGGCCAAGGAGGAGCUGGCCCGGAUGAUGCGUGAAUACCAGGAGCUCAUGAGCCUGAAGCUGUCCCUGGACAUUGAGAUCGCCACCUACCGCAAGCUGCUGGAGGGCGAGGAGUGCAGGAUGUCUGGGGAGAAUCCAUCCUCUGUUAGCAUCUCUGUCAUCAGUAGCAGCCAUUACGGUUACUAUGGUCACCAACCUAGCUCCGUGAAUGCUGACCUUGCGGCCGGUGGUGCCAGCAGCACCAGAAGCAGCCAGACCAAGACCCCAGGGACACGAGCGGGAGACCUCAAGGAGUCCCAGGGCAAGAGUGCCCCAGCCAGCACCCCAGCCAGGAAGACCACCCGAUAA